AAUCGCCACCUAUCCCAAGCGUGAGCGUCGACCAAAUCGGGCGCGGGACUCAUGGCGUGGCCCAAAGGCCUCCCAAAAUUCCCGAUCUCGACGCUUCGCCGCUGCGCCGCGGGGCGUCGCGCCGUGCGGCGGCUUUGAACAGCUGGCGGGGCAGCAGGCGGCGGUCGAGGCGGCGACGCCGGCGCGGCGAGGGUGCCCGGGCGAGGCCGCCACACCCGACGGGCCUCGGCGCAAGGAGUGCGUGCUCGGCCAGAGUAGUGCUUCCUUCUGCAGAGCCCGGCCGGCGGCUUCUCCGCUCCGGUUCCGCUGCCUCCGCCGUGACGGGCCGGCGACCCUCACCGACACAAAAUCGGCCCGUCGUCCCUGACCGACCUUUCGAAGAAAGUCCCGCGCUCCGUGGCAAUUCGGCGACGAGACUCCUCUCCCCGCUGCGGCGGCCGCUUUCCCUUUUCGAGCCUGGACUUUGGCGCCGAAAAUCCACGCGGUCACUCCUACCGUCUCCGCCGAAGCCACUCGUCGCUUUGCUGUGUGCUUGCUGGUCGCGCACGGAGGACUCCGUCUGCAGCGCGCAUUCCUGAGCCGUGGCGCCUUCUCGCCCUCACGCGGGUCCCGCGCGCUUUGAACACGCCGCUCGGCGACCGGCCUGCCGCGACCGUUGCAACCACCCGGCUGCUGCCGAACCAUGGAGGUGGCGCCGUACGUGUUGCUCCUGCUCGAGAUGUUGGUUGUCGUAGGGCGCUGCGUGUUGUCGGUGCUUGUGUACAUGCUGCGACUUGUGGUUCCCGCGAGCCGCAAGUCGCUGCGCGACAAGCACGUGCUCGUGACCGGAGCGGGACACGGGCUGGGACGCGAGAUCGCCCUGCGCUGCGCGCAAGUCGGCGCUAAGCUCAUCCUGCUCGACAUCAACAAGGAGAACAACGACGCGGUGUGCGAGGAGCUCCGGCAGCUGGGGCACGAGGCGCACGCGUUCCAGUGCGACGUCACCUCCGAGCAGCAGGUGGAGGCCGUGGGCGACCAGAUCCUCAAGACCGUCGGGCCCGUCGACGUGCUCGUCAACAACGCAGGCAUCGCCAUGUGCAAGGGACUACUGACGCUCAAGCACAGCGACAUCCGCAGGACCUUCGACGUCAACACGCUCUCGCAGUUCUGGAUGGUAAAGUACUUUCUGCCAUCCAUGAAGGACAGAGGAAGCGGCCACAUCGUGUGCAUCGCAUCCGUGGCUGGCCUCCUGGGAUCGCCCUUCAUGACUGACUACUGUGCUUCCAAAUUUGCGGCCCUGGGCUUCAUGUAUGCUCUGGAGGAGGAACUCUUCCAUACCGGCUUCGAGUUCAUCAAGCUCACCACCGUGUGCCCCGUCUUCAUCAACACCGGCCUCUUCCCCAACGUAGGCGCCAGAUUCCCGCUGCUGACGCCCAUCAUGGACACCCGAGAAGUCGCCUGCAAGGUGGUGGAUGCCAUCCAGCGCGACGAGUCACUAAUCGUCGUGCCCCGCAUAGUGGAGAUCAUGUACAAGUGUCUCAAACCUCUGCCGGAAGACGCACAGAAGAUGAUCCAGCGGUUCCUCGCGUGCUCCAUCCAGAAGCCGAGUGCGUGAUGGCGGCGCCCACCUAAGCUUCCCACUAGGCGCAGCCGGCAUCAUCAGACAUGCACAUCUAUCCCUUCGCUCGUCUCCGGUGGUCCUCCGCCGCAGACGAACCAAGACCGACAACUAGCGACGUUCGCCGAACUGACGAAUGAGAAGGCGUCGGCAAAGAUGCCGAUGUGUGUGCUAGAAAGGACUUUGGGGGGAGGGGGGAAGGGGGGACUCACGCCCUCUGGUUUUUUUUUCUGUAUCGCGUGAUGCCGAUAUAUAUAGGAGGUACUAUUCGGCCGUCUUCUCGAUGUGUGCGUGUGACUGUGGCUUGGCCAUGCCUGCUGCGAAAUCUCUUCGGCGCUGCGCGCAUUGAUCCAGGACACGUCAAAAAUGUUUGUGUGCUUGUCGCGUGGUGCCCGGAUGAAAGAAAAUGGCGUGAAAAAAAGAAGUGUAUGGAUGUACUCGUCGUGUUUAUAUAGAAGAAUGGAAAUGCACCUUUAAAGUUAAGACGAAAACGUAGUUCAUCUAUGUGUAAGGCGUUAAAAUGAGGGAAGCAUUGUGAUUUCUCGCUCGCGAAUUGCGAGCCGGUUUGCGUUUAAAGCUUGUGUAACAGGGUAAGUAGAUUGAAGAAAGCAUGCGACGCAGACGAAGGCCCGUCGGAUCUUUUCGUUGUAGAGUAAGCGACGAGCUUGCCGUGCUUAAAACCUCUAGAAGAGCGUACUUGGCCUUUCGAGAAUAUUCUUUGUUAUUGAUCUAGUUUGCACGUAUUGAUUAUAACAUAACUUUCAGUUCUUUAGUACUCGUCAAGCCAAAGCGACCAAUAAACGACUACUGCAUCACUGUACCUCACCAAAUAUAGCUAUCCCUCACGCAUCACGGUCAUCAUCUGCCAUAUAAAGGUUUCCAGUAACUACGGAGGCGAUAAUUGGGGUGCGCAGUCAUCUUACGCUCACGUUCACUAGUGUCUGCAAGUUGUGCAAUCUCUGACCUCGAGAGAAUCCUGCGUUUUCUCUAGCACAGCUAGGACCUCGAGUAGCCUUCGGCAUUCACCGCACAAAACCCCGAGGACGCAUCGUGAAUGCUCUACCGGACAGGGACGCGUCAGAAGCGUUCUUCCAUGGGCAUAGCUAUUAAAAAAUCUAGACAAAGAUAACUAUAACCAGUUUAAUACUACGAAUUCUGUUUUUAUAAGAUAACACGACGGGAAGCACUCAACUCAGCCGCUCUCGCGUUUUUCCACUUUCUUCGGCGGCUUAUAGUUGCGGAAUCAGUUUGAGAUAUCUUCACCAACGACGACAAAGAAGUGUUGCGCCAACUGCGAAGCAUCGCCCGAGUCAAGAUGACGCAGUGAAGAGUCCAAGUAGAAAAAAAAAGUUGGGAGAGGGUAGGGAGGCGCUGAAGGAGAGCGUAGUAAAUGCCAAACACACGGCUAAUACUUUUCGGAAAACGGCAACUUCACAAUCUUAUUUGAUAGUUUACAGCGCGGCUUUGUAUGCAAGAGAAGACACGUUCAUUAGAAAAGUAACUCGGUCUCAACGUGUGAGGCUGUGCGAAGUGGUUAGGGUCUCGUUUCCGUGUUUUUAGACUUUUUUUUUCUUGUCCCUUUGGGUGCAAUUGUCAACCAAAUUGCUAUCCAAUUACUAUGCAAGGUGCAGCUCGCUGUAGAGUCUCAAAAGCGUCUCGCCUUGUCUCUCUGAUGGGAGGUGGCAAAAUGCUUUAAUCUGUUUAUGCAUUUUUAUGCCUCGCGUUGCGGCAAUACCUUUAGGAUCAAUGGUGGUUGACUUUGCAGCGUAAGAUGUAUGAAGAAAUGUGCCUGCGGUACAGUGCAAAGCAUUAUGGCGGGAAUUUUUUUCUUUUAAGAAAAUCUUAGACAUGUGCGCUUCUUAUUGACGUUUCGAUGUUGUGGUGGCUCAUCUGCGCUUAAUUCAGGUCCUGCGACGAACGCCUAAUUCCACUGGCGUAUUAAGGCCUCGUCACGGACAACUAUAUCCUGCUUUUUUUCUUUCCUUGAAUAGUCAAAAAGAGCGUGGUUUCUCUGAUUGUCAUGUCAAGUGAAAAAUGCUUCAAACCACAAUUUACAGCAAUACCAAGGACAUUUAUGAGCGACCCCGUGUCAAUUUGUACCAAGCGCAUUUGACGUAGUCAAGACCGAACGAGUAUAAAUGUUAGACAGGGUCCGGCUGCAUUCUGGUAUUACGGCAUAUGUUCCCGUGAAAUUGCGUUUUUCUUUUUCUUUUUUUUAAUCUUCUGUGACCAUCAAACCCUUGUAACAAUCAUGUUGUGUCAUGCUUAUGGGCAACUUAAGCAUUUCAUCUGAGGAUGAUUGCUUGCUGUCAGCAUCGGCACUCAAUAGCAGUUUCCUCUUCAAACGUGACUGAUACCUCCUCGCUCAGACAGUAACUUCGCGUGCACGUCGUAAACGAUGUUUACACGCAAAUCCAGUAACCUUGUUUGGACAGGAUUAAAAAAAAAAAAAAAACCUCGCUGACGCCGCCGAUGUGACAGCCCAAACAAACUUGUUUCGUGUGGCUUAACAUACCCCGUUUGUACAUUCCCAGGGUAUAUUUCGUGACUCGUCAUAACAGGUUAUCGUGUCCAUAAUUGAAGCGUCUACAUAUCAAACAUAUUCGUUUCAUAAAGAGCUCGUCUCAUAUGCAAAAAAUGUGCGGGCACGUGUAGUAACGAGCGAGAAAAAAAAACACAACUGCCGAAAUCGGUGCUGUUUGUGCUCUGCGUUCUCAUUGCAACAUGCAGUCAUAAACCGUAUUAGGAUAGGUUUCUUCUAAUUCUUUAUACUCCACGAAAUAUAAUAUAAAUCAAUGGUCACAUAGGCACCGUAAAUUUCAGUGUCUAUGUUUGAGCGUAUACAAUUAUCCUCGUUUUUGCUCUCAGCAUUUCGCGCACGGAAUGUUACUAUAUGUGAAUCGCAAUGCAAUUAAUAUGCAUUAAUUGCAAAUUAAUACGUGAGCUACUUGGCUACGCCUGAGAAAAGUUUUCUCGGUGUUUUUUUUUUUCUCGUACGGGGCAAACACCAGCGCCACCAGCGUUAAAAUCUUAACCCUUUUGCAGGACCUUACUCGUGGUACUAACUGAGAAUUGAGCCGUAGGCUUCAGUGUUUUCACUUGUAUAUUUUGACGCCCUUGUGCGGAAUUAAUUGUUGAAAGGAGGAGCCGCUUGUAUGCGCUCCGCGCGGUACAGUCGUGGCUAUCAAAGUAUGCACAAAACGUAGCCUGAUCUGUCGAUGUGUCUAGCUUGAUUUGGUGCUAAAGCUUCGUUUUAAGCUUAACUCGAACAAGCCUUUCUGUUUGGGUGCUAAGUGAAGCGAAGAAAGGUCCUGGGAGGCCUCGGAGAGCACAGCUAACCAUGCAAGCCGAUGUGCGCUUGCAGCAAGUUAUUCGCGAAUUAGUUGUAGCGUGGGUUUUCGCGCCGGUAAUGAACGGUGGGACAAACAGGGCUCUCUUUCGUUGAGCGACUUCACUGUAAGAUGAUUUACACCCUUAAAAGUGAAGAAGUGUGUAAAUCUGUCUAUAACUCCCCAAAAAGGUCGUAAUGGUACGAGUUAGAGACCGAUUUACACCCUUGUUUACUUUUUAGUAUGCAAUUUUGCUUUGUUUCUCGAUUUAGAUUGUCCUCUCUUGUAAGCAAAUGGAGUGGUCGUAGCGACCAUUCUACAGCGAAGCGGUUAAAGGGAGUUCCACAACGACUACCACGCAGACGCGAUGAAAGCUGGCGGAGACGUGGCCGGCGUGAAAUGUCAGCCUGUGAACAGCCUGCGCCGGAGACCGCGAAGCGACCGUAUGGCCGGGGGUGCUGCUCCGAACGUCGGCGAAUUCCGCCAUAUCGUCAGCUCUGAUUGGCCCAAAGGACUGCUACGGGCUCUCUUAUUGGCUCAAAAUGCCGCCACGUUAAAUAAUCUUGAAAUAUGGCCGACGCAGUCGAACGCCUUCUGCAACGAACUGCUUGGGUCCUCCGAUAUCAUUCGUUAGUUCGUUAUACAGGACACUUGUUUGUAAAGGGGUAGCGCACCGCACAGCUCAUGAAAAAAAUUUUUUUUCGUGAGCUGUGCGGUGAAAAAAGAAAUUAUUUCUUCUUUAUACAGGUCAUUUCGUUAAACAGGCGCUAAGUCCUAAAUGGCACCCCGAGGUCUCAAAUGAGAGCGCUCAGCCAUACGCUGGCGUCUGUAAUGUACGAUCACUGUAUGAGUCAGCAACGCAGCCCUAGCAAGUCAUCGGAAAGCGCAACCCGAUGCCGGCGCUACAUACAGGAAAUUGCGUCGCAUAUAGCAGAGUACAGAAGUGCUAAGCUCGGUAUUAGUGAAGUGUUUGAAAAAGGCUAACUUAUAUAGAAGAAUAUGCAAUAGUGAAGUGUUGGCAAAAGCCAAGUCGAUUACGAGCAGUGGCAAACCAGACCCCCCAAAAAUCCCAUGGGACGUCAGAACUUCCUUUCACAGCUUCGCUUUAUUUCAUGUAUGAGUUUAUCGGAGUGGCAUGCAUUUCCGAAAUCACUUUUGCCUUUUGCUGUUGUAGUCAACACAUUUAUUUCUGCACAGUGCUACGUUGCUGUUUAGCGUGCAUCUAUACUAUUUGAUGAUGACGAAUUGUCUAUGCAUUCUUUCUUUUUAUGUUCUCCCAAACGCUGUUACCUUACGCACACAACGAAGUAUCUUGUUACGGAGGUGGACAGCACUUUCAGAUUGAGUUGUUGAAGUUGUAUCGAAUAAAAAGAACAACAAAUGAA